AUGGAGCCCUCAGUGUUGGAAAGUGGCCCACUUUUUACCUCAGGAAUUAAGAGACAUGUGAAAGACAAAAGAAUUUCAAAGAAUGCUAAGUUAAAUGUUUCUCUAGCUUCAAAAAUCAAAACAAAAAUAAUAAACAAUUCUUCUAUUUUAAAAAUUUCUUUAAAGCACAACAACAGGGCAUUAGCUCAGGCUCUCAGUAGAGAGAAAGAGAAUUCACGAAGACUUACCACUGAAAAGAUGCUGUUGCAAAAAGAAAUAGAGAAACGGAAUUUUGAGAACACAUUUCUUCGUCUAAAGCUAAAUAAUUUGAAUAAGAAGCUCAUAGAAAUAGAAGCACUCAUGAACAAUAACUUGAUAACCGCAAUUGAAAUGAGCAGUCUUUCUGAGUUCCAUCAGAGUCCCUUUGUACUGCCAGCUAGCCAGAAGAAAAGAGUUAGUAAACAGUACAAGUUGAUGCGUCUUCCAUUUGCAAGGGUUCCAUUAACUUCAAAUGAUGAUGACGAUGAUGAUGAUGAUGGUAAUGAGAAAAUGCAGUAUGACAACAAAGUUAUGUCCAAACCAUCACCUGAUAUUUCCUCUCUGAUAUCAACAAAACAACCUUUGUCAACUCAAUAUAAUCUGGAAUUGUCAUUUACUAAAGUAAAUAACCAGAAUGUGCAUGGUUUAGAGGAUUCAGAACCUAUUUCUUCUGUUGAUACACUUUCCAAAGAAAGCCAUUCCCAUUCAGACCAAAGUUCCAAGAGUUCCCUAAUGAGUGAGAUGAAAAGUGUCCAGUCCAUCAGCUGCAGAAAGGAGAAACCAUAUCCUAGUAAUGUGACUGAAAGGAAGAAGCAUGUACCAUCGUGGGAGUCAAAUAAUCCCUCUGCAAACACUCCCUCUGUGGCAGAUUUAGAUAAACAGCUGAUUCCAAGUCCAGAUUUAAAUUGGAGUAAGGAGAUAAAUAAUAUUAAGGAAACAAAUAUUAAAAUGCAAAGAGAGGUACAGUACCUUCCCGGCUCAUCUUCUGAGACUGUGAGUGAACCUGUUGCAGAGGGCAUGAGUGAAGUCCAGGGAAGUGAUGACUUACAGUUGCAGAAAACUGUGUAUGAUGCUGACAUGGAUUUAACUGCUGGUGAAGUAAGCAAAAUUAUUACAGUUUCAACAGGCACCAGAAAUAGAAGGAAUAAAACAACAAAUGAUUGUGGAGUGAAAACUUUCAGAAAAGUAAAAGAUUCAAACACUAACAAAAAAAGAGAAAGAUUAAAUAGGCAACUGAAAAACAGUUUAAAUGUGGAUACUGAGGAAAAGAUUGAAAACAGGCCAGAGAGAUCUGUUGUCGUUGAUGGCAAAGGUGAUUCAGAAGAUCCAGAGUUGAUUGUCAGUUCUGAGCAGCUGCCUCAUGUGAACGUACUGAAGAAAACAACCCUCCAUAGUGACUUGGAUCAAGAUGACAGACAAAGUACACAACGUAAUAAAAAGAAAAGAACAUAUUUAAUGAAUGAGGGAGAGGAAACUUGCUUUUUCUCCCAAAGUUCUGAUAAAUUCCAUCAGGAGAAUAAGUUUGAAAUGGGUCAGAUUUCCCUUGCUUGUAAUAAAAGUAAAGCUUCAAGACAGACAUUUGUGAUUAAUAUGUUAGACAAAGGUAACUUAUCCCCAAACCAAAAGGAUAAAGAAACCAUUUCUGAAAACCUAGAAAUCACAAGUGAAUUUCAAGUAGCUGAUCUUUCCAUCAUAGAUAGUGGAAAUUUACAUAAUUGUGAGAUCCAGAAUAUGUUUGGCUUGAAAAAGCAUGUCACCAAUAUGCAACUUGCUCAGCAAAAUGAAUCAAAAGUAAAUAAGAAGCUUAGGCAGAAAGUAAAUCGGAAAACAGAAAUAAUUGCUGACAUGAACCAUAGAUAUGAAAAUAAUGAUAAAAGUGUAUAUGACCCAGAAAAAGGUAACUUUUUCUUCCAAACCCAAAAGAAUAAAGAAACCAUCCCUGGAAAUGUAGAAGUCUCCAGUGAGUUUCAAACACUUACUCUUUCCACCAGAGAUAAUGGAAACCUAUGCAAUUGGGAGAUCCAGAAUAAUGUAUUGAGUUUGCAAAAGCAGAUCACUGAUACAUACCCUGUUCAGCAAAAUGAGUCAAAAGUAAAUAAGCUUAGGCAGAAAGUAAAUCGAAAGACAGAAAUAAUUUCUAAAAUGAAUCAUGCAGAUAAUGACAAAGGUAUGUACUGCCCAGAGAAGGGUAACUUUUUCAUCCUAACCCCAAAGGAUAAAGAGACUAUCCUUGAAAACGUAGAAGGCUCAAAUGAGUUUCAGACACCUGCUCUUCCCACCAUAGAUACUGGAAACAUACGUGAUUAUGGGACUCAGGAUGUUUUGGAGGUGAAAAAGCAUGUCCAUGAUAAGCAACCUGCUUGUCAAAAUGAAUCAAAAAGAGACAAGAAGCGUAGACAGAAGGUUUAUCGGAAGACAGAAAUAAUUUCUGAAAUGAACCAGAAAUAUGAGAAUAACCCAGAAAAAGAUGUGUAUGACUCAGUAAAAGGUAACUUUUCCCUAAUCCAAAAGGAUAUAAAAACCAUUUCUGAAGAUCUAAAAAUCAUAAAUGAAUUUCAAAGAGCUGAUCUUUCCACCAAAGAUAAUGGAAAUGUAUAUGAUUAUGAAACUCAGAAUAUGUUGGGUUUGAAAAAGCGUGUUACAGAUACACAACCUGUUCAGCAAAAUGAAUUAAAAAUAAAUAAGAAAUUCAGGCAGAAAGUAAAUCGGAAGACAGAAGUAAUUUCUGGGAUGAACCAAAUAUUUGAGGAUAAUGACAAAGAGAUGCAUGGUCCAGAAAGCAAUACAAGCAAUCUUGAUUUUCAAAUAAGUCAAUCUAAACGGAAACUUGAAUGCCAAGCCAUUAGCAGUGGCUAUUGCAUGGAAAUCUACAGUGACGAAAAGGAAAAUUGUGAUGAAGUUCCAAAUCCUUACACGCUAGUUAAAAAGCACAUGAGGGAAUCCUCAGGCAAUGCAAAGAACAUUUUGGUUAAAGGUAAGCACAAACCUAUUUUGCAGUUAACAGAUUCUUCACAGACUUCUGUCUCCUUAGAAUCAGAUUUAAAGCAAAUUGCUAAGGAGUCAGAAUAUGUUCCUAGAAACCAAAUUGAACUCCAUAAGAAUCAGAGGCAAAGCACUAUUACUCAGAAUAAAAAAAGAGAUUUCUCUUUUGUGGAAGUGAAAGAAGGAGAGUGCCAGGUAAAAAAAGUAAAUAAAGUGACAUCCAAAUAAAAGAAAAGGGAGACCAUGAUAGACCCCCGUAGUGAUGGAGUAAUGACAAUCAUAUCAAACUCUGUUCAGGGAAGGUCAGUUGAAUCUGAACAAGUAGAUGAGGAAAAAUUGGAGACUGAGAAAAUUGUCACAAUUGAGCCAGACUCUUACAGAAAGAUGCUUAAACCUUUGUCUCAGAUACAUUUACCUAAAAUACCAGAUUCUACCUUUAACCCUGUUCUUGAGGGUUCAAGACCUUUGGGUAUUUCUUCUAGUAAAAAUAAAGUAAAAGAGCUGACAAGUUCACCAAUCUUUCAAGUAAGUGAUGAUAUACACGAGAAGAUGAGAGAGAGAAAAUUUAAAGACACCCAGAGAACACAAAUCAGGAGGAUAGGCAAUAGAACACUGCAGGACUUGACCAAUACCAGUUUUGUUUCAAAUAACACUCCUGAAUCUGAAAAUAAGGCAGAUGAUCCAUCUUCAGAACUGCCAGGCAGAAGAAGAAGAUGUAUUCCUCUCUCUUUAAAAGAGCCCAGUCUCAAAGGUUUGUAG